AUGGCCCCCUCUGUCACUAUUGACAAUACCUCCGAUUUCAGUCCGAUAACCACAAACUUCAAGACGACUUCAUUCAAUCCUCGCACAUUACUCCUUGCCCCUCCCUCUAUCGCUAGCCAUGAAGAAAAACUAAGAAAUGUUCUUGCUACCUAUGAUCGAACUGUUACCGAUUUGCAGAUGCUGGAUCGUCUCUCUGCUGGAUUAGUCACACUUCCAGAAUCAACCUACGAUUUAGUCCUCAUUCUCACCGAUGCCGAUGGUACACGAGUCGAAUCUAAAGGAUUAUUAACAAGAGAUGUAUUUGGAAAAAUUACACAAGCUUUGAAGGCAGGUGCAAAGUUGCAGGCACAGGAUGGUACCUUUGGACAAGAAAUCGAUGGCGCAGAAUAUCAGGAGGCUAUUUUAUCUGGUUUGGUAGCAGAAGGAGGGGUAAUGCUCAAACCCGACUAUAGUGCGAGUAUUGCGGUUCCUCUGCGACUUCGCAGAAAGGACAAUAGCAAGAGUGCAGCUGUUUCCAGCGCCGGCCCUGCAGUUUCAACAGCUGCGGUACCACUACAUGGCAAGAGAAAGAGUGUAGACAUGACAGAUGAUGUGCCAGAGAAGGACGUACCAAAGGUUGAUUCGCCAAAGAAUGAUGCGCCAAAGGGAGUUGGCUUCAUUGAUUUCAGUGAUGACUUUGAUGCGGAGGACGAUGACGAUGAAUUAAUUGAUGAAGAUACUCUUCUCACUGAAGAGGAUAUGAAGAAACCUCUUGCUAUUCCUCCUGAGUGUGCACCAAGAGCUGGAAAGCGUCGUCGUGCAUGUAAGGAUUGCACAUGUGGCCUUGCCGAGAAGAUUGCAAAGGAAGAUGCAGACAAACGAGCCACAGCCGAUAAGCAACUCCAAGCCCUCAAGCUUGAUGCUGAUGAUCUAGCUGAAGUAGAUUUCACAGUCCAAGGUAAAGUUGGAUCUUGUGGAAACUGCAGCUUAGGUGAUGCAUUCCGUUGCGAUGGCUGUCCUUACAUCGGUAUGCCGGCUUUCAAACCAGGUGAGGAGGUUCGACUUCUCAACAAUGAUGUUCAAUUGUAG